UCUAGCCUGUCAAAACAGUUGUACAUUCAAUGGCUCUGAGAUUUUCAGGCCAAGGUAUAGACAGGUUAAUUGUCCAAUGUUACUAAUGUAGUAAGUAGGAGGACUGAGAUUUGAACCUGAGCAGUCUGGCUCCUUUUCUGCUGAGGCCAAGAGGGGUAGUGACUAGGCCAGGGUCACAUAGCCACAGCCCCAGAAAUAGGAGCUGCUGGCUCCUGUCCAGCCCAGGAGAAGCAAUUACACUUGAUUCCUAACCAACCCCUAGCCAACUGGGGGUGGAGCAGAGGUGGAGUCAGGUAGAUCAGGUGUCUUCUCAUAACCAGAGCGCCCAAGCAGAGUGGCCUAGAGCAGCAUGAAGCAGAGCUGGGGACCAGGGCUGCUCAUCCUGGGAGCAGUGGUCCUCAUAGAGGGUCUUCGAGAAGCUCAGCGAGCCUGUGGGCAACGUGGCCCUGGUCCCCCCGAGCCUCAGGAAGGCCUCACGGUACCUGGCGAAUGGCCCUGGCAGGCCAGUGUGAGGAGGCAGGGAGUCCAUAUCUGCAGCGGUUCCCUGGUAGCGGACACCUGGGUCCUCACUGCUGCCCACUGUUUUGACAGAGUGGCAGCAACAGAACUGAACUCCUGGUCAGUUGUCCUGGGUUCUCUACAGCGUGAGGGGCUGAGCCCAGAGGCUGAGGAGGUGGGGGUGGCUGCCCUGCAGCUGCCCAGGGCCUAUAGCCACUAUAGCGAGGGCUCAGACCUGGCCCUGGUGCGGCUUGCCCACCCCACAGCCCACACGCCCCUCUGCCUGCCUCAAUCUGCCCACCGUUUCCCCUUUGGAACCUCUUGCUGGGCCACUGGCUGGGACCAGAACAACAGCGAUGCUGCCAGGGCUCUACGGAAUCUGCGCCUGCGUCUUAUCAGCCGCCCCACGUGUAACUGUCUCUACAAUCGGCUGCACCAGCGUGUGUUGGCCAGCCCUGCCCGGCCUGGGAUGCUGUGUGGGGGUGCCCAGCCAGGAGUACAGGGGCCCUGUAAGGGAGAUUCUGGAGGCCCUGUGCUGUGCCGAGAGCCCGAUGGCCACUGGGCUCAGGCUGGGAUCAUCAGCUUCACAACCAGCUGUGCUGAAGAGGACACACCUGUGCUGCUGACCGAGUUGGCUGCUUAUAGCUCCUGGCUGCAGGCUCAAGCUCAGGGGGCAACCUUCCUAUCCCAGACCCCUGAGACCCCAGAGAUCAGUGAUGAGGACAGCUGUGUAGCCUGUGGAUCCUUGAGGACAGAAGGUCCCCAGGCAGGAGCCCCCUCCCCGUGGCCCUGGGAUGCCAGGCUGAAGCACCAGGGUAAGCUGGCCUGUGGUGGAGCCCUGGUGUCAGAGGAGGCGGUACUGACUGCUGCCCACUGCUUCAUCGGGCGCCAGACCCCAGAAGAAUGGAGCAUCGGGUUAGGGGCUGGAGCAGAGGAGCGGGGCCUGAAGCAACUUAUCCUGCAUGGGGCCUACACCCACCCAGAGGGGGGCUACGAUGUGGCUCUCCUGCUGCUGACCCAGCCUGUAACACAAGGCCCCAACCUGAGACCCCUCUGCCUGCCCUAUACCGACCACCACCUGGCUGAUGGGGAGCGUGGCUGGGUCCUAGGGCUGGCCCGCCAAGAAGCAAGCAACAGCUUCCCCCUGACAGUGCCUGUGACCCUCCUGGGGCCUAGGGCCUGCAGCCGCCUGCACACAGUUCCUGGGAGUGACGGUAUCCCCAUUCUGCCAGGGAUGGUGUGUACCAGUGCUGUGGGUGAGCUGCCCCUCUGUGAGGGCCUAUCCGGGGCACCACUGGUACACGAAGUGAGGGGCACAUGGUUCCUGGCUGGGCUGCACAGCUUUGGAGAUGCCUGCCAGGGCCCCGCCAGGCCUGCAGUCUUCGUGGCACUCCCUGCCUAUGAAGACUGGGUCAGCAGUUUAGACUGGCAGGUCUACUUCGCUGUGGAGCCAGAGCCAGAGGCUGAGGCUGACACUGAGACUGGAAGCUGCCUGGCCAAUGCGAGCCAAUCAGCUAGCUGUUGACCAGACACUCUGGGCCGUUCGAAGAAUGCAGGCAAUUUCCACUGCAUGGCCUCUGCUGCUCCCUCCCGACCCCUCCUCACCACCCAUACCUUCAGCCCCAGCAUGUGAGGUCCAGCCCAGCUGGCUGUGGAAAGGAACCUGUCCAGGACCAAC